CCCGAACGAAGCUUCAUCAGCCAUUCCUCCCCCCUCCCACCCCCGACGCCCGACACCAUCUCAGUCUUGUUGCUAUAAUCACGGGUUUCGCGGAAGAAACGGGCCACGACAAUCUUGCAAUCGUAAAUCGUCAUUGCCAGCACCUGAUGUGUGGUAAAGGAUGGGGAGCUUGCGUGGGACAGCACGAGCUUACGCUAGUUGAUCUUCCCGGCGGAGCCUGAAGUUGAUGCGCAGCAACGAUGGAUCGCAACAAGAGAAUCGCCGACGCGGGGACAUCUGACCAGGAACCCCCAACGUUGGCUGGGAUAGUGCGCUAAAGAGGACGAACACCAAGUACCUGCCCUGCUCUCCCCCGAGAGCGUGGGAACAUACCAGAGCAGGCUGAUCUAGGAGCACAUGAACAUGCCGGCAGCCUACUGCGAGACGUUGUCUCCUCGCUCGUGCUGUCUCCGAGCCUUGUCGGACAAACCCGCAGCCUCUGCACAAGUGGCCCUCAUGCAUAUCGACACGCCUGGCAGGAGACCAUCAUGAUCACCCGCGGCCCAACUGUCAAGGCCGGCCUCAUGGUAUCGGUAUUGGUGGUGUGCCUCGACAACACGACCUACAGAAGAAGCCUUGGUUUGCUAUCUGUCGACAUGCUUCCACGUGCCUCGAUGGGGUCUCAUAGAACAUGGUGAUGGCUCGAAAGUUUCCAUGCAUCAUCACUGUGCUGCAAACCGAUGUCAAGACAUUCUCAGAACCAGGACGCCAGCUAGGCAGCGACCCAGCUGAUCCUCCGGCUUUCACACAUACACGCAUACAGAAGCACCGGGCCUGAAGAGAAUCAGGCCAGCUGGGCAAGGGCUCGCGGCGCCACCCUGGCCACGAGGAAACCAUUCUGGUGUUGGAGGGGUCAUUGGUUAGCAGAGUUGAUGUUGUCCAGACCACGUUGUUUUGAUGAAGGGCAGUUUCUUGGCUCGGACUUGACCGCAUGCCAUGUCCGACGAGCACUAAAUGGCUGCCCGUGGCUCGAGUUGUGUGCUUGGCUGUCUUUGACGAUGGGAGCCGACAUGUGCCAGCUGUCGUAAACCACUAUAGCCCUACGUAGAUACUUGACUGCCUGAUGCUGAAAAUGCUGGGCCUCGAUAGAGGGAGGCUCAAGCAGACGAGGUGGGGCAGGGGCAAGCCUUGGGGGAGCCCCGAGUCCUGACUCUUGGACCAAGCCCCGCGGGCGGUGCUGCAAGGACUCUGGGUUUUGAUCCCAGUCUGCGCCAGGUGGUGUUGCUUAAUGGAGGGGCAGAAAGGGUUUGGUGAGCUGGCAAAGAAACACCGAGUCGCUCUUGCGACAGGUGACUGAGCAGAGCAGAGGGGCACGCCCUGUCGCCAGAGGCAGAGGCAGAGGCACUGGCACUGGCACUGGUCAAGGCGAGCGGAGGACUCUGACACAGCCAGAAACAAGGGCCUUGCCCGGGCUUGAAGAGCUUGCGCCUUGACUUUGGGGCGGGUGGUGGAAAGUCUGAAUUUGAACCGUUGAGGCGGCGAGUUGAUGCGGUUGUCGCUGAUGGCCCGACAACAACACCACUGCGCGCCAGCCCUUGAGUUCGCACAUCACACAGCACACGCACACACACACACACACACACAUCUGGCACGGCACGGCUCUUUACUCUGGUCCUUCGCCUCGACCCACCUCGUCUCCAGCUCGCUUUGUCCAGCGACACCUGCAGCCUCGGUCCUGCUGCUGAGACUCGUCGGCAGCUUCUUCUACCGCGCGACUCGCUCGACUCAGCUUGUUGCAUUAAUCACGACGAUCGCCGUCUACUUUUGUACCAGAACGCGGACACCAAGACUGUCCGCGGGGCUGCCUUCGUGCCGCAGCGAUUUCUGGGUUGAAAAGAAGAAUCUUGUGCAGGGUCGACAGCCACACUGUCCGACCAGCAAGUGCAGGCCCGACCUCUUAACGACGACCCGGCCUCUCUUCAGGCCCGAGCCUUGCGACGCUUGGUGGCCGACGACGGCCUUGGGACCAAGCACCCGAUCUGCCCACGCAAAAUUUUGGUCUCCCAAAUGCCCUGUUACCAGGGAUCGGCCAGGCUGCUUCCUUCGUGCGGUCUUUCUUUGCGCAGCUAUCACGGCCUCUCAGUCCUGUCGGGGCUUGACUUGGACAGCAUAACACCAGCAGCAGUUGUUCUUGGUGGUGGCAGGAACGGCUAAAAGGCAGCGCCACAUUUGAGCAUACCGAGUACCGUGGUAAGUGCCGCCGCGUCUUGGAGGCUUGAGAAGACGGGAACCCAGAAGAAGUGCUCCACUGGCAGCGCGCUGUGGUCCAGCCAGCCAGCGCGUCUAGCGGCUGUCUGGGACUCUAGGCAGUGGCACCUCAGAGUGCUCCCCCACACCCGCAAAUCCUGGUCGGCCGGGCCCAGCUACCGCCUACCGCCUGGGGUUGGGUCCUCCUGGGCCACCGAAAAGGCAAAAUGAAGUUCUCAAAGCGCAGGCGGUUUCCUGCCUCUGCCUCUGCCUCUUCCGCCUCCCGACCUGGCUUUGCUGUCCCAACACGCCACCCACCCCGACAAGAUGAUGCAAUGCCAGACGACAGCCGCAACCUCGGCGACGACCCAGAUGUGAGAGCACAGUCUCAACGAGGCAUGAGGAAUCCCGCCGACCCUCCUCGACGACCCUUGUCUCCCCUGCGUACCGCUGCCCCACACCCUGCUGCAGGCCCGGGUGACAGAGAAGCCGCCCAUCGCAGACGCCGAGAUAUUAUACGCAGCCCGCCUCCAACAGCCCGUGAACGAAGCCACCGCAACACCAGACCUCGCGACCGCUCCCACAGCCCCCCGAGGCAACCCAACCACGCCCACCCCUAUCGUCAUAGGUCCAGGGACCGGAGCAGAGACGGUGCACCUCGCCCUGGUGAUUUGUUCCCUCGACACAAGCAUCGAGGCCCUCGAGGCUCCUCUUGGGGUCGCGAGGCUGCACAUCCCUCCGACCCACGCCAGCCGUCCCCUCACCACUCCCGGCAUCCUCACCCCGACGAGUCCGCCCGACACCCAUCACGACCACGGUCACCGCCACCUGCUAAGCGAAGGAGGAGCCGUAGCCCUCUUUCCACAGCACCCUUUCCGGGGCGGUCUCGCCACGAGCACGGCCCAGCAAGGUUCGAAAGGGACGUCGACACCGGCAGGACUUCUCCCUACUCAGGCCGACCCGACACAUUUUUCUCCAGACGAGAACGAUUCUCGACGCGUAGGGAGCGACGCUCGGAUAAGAAGAAUCCGGCUGCGCAUCAGGCGCCGCCUGCAAUCAGCCGUGGUCGGUCCCCCCCUCCACCCCACGGUCGAGAUUUUCCGGACAAUCCAAACCUCUGUCCCCUCGGUCAGAGAUCAUCUCCUCAACGCGACCACAGCCCCUCGUCAUUUUCCACGCGCCGUUUCCCGACCUCGCCUUCUCGCCGCGAGGGCCCUCCGCCUGGCCGCCGCCGGCCAUCAAUUCCGGACAACUCGUCCCGGGGCCGAGUUGACGAGCCGCUGUAUGAUAUAGAAAGAGACGACUAUACGAGACCGCCAACGCGGUCUCCUUCACCACGAGAUCGACGGCCAUCCUUUUCGUCCAAGCGACAGAGUGGGCUUGAUCGCUUACCACCCAAGGGCUUGUCUUCAGAGCCAGCAUCUGGCUCCAACAGCAUCGAAGUCAAAAUGUCGGCGCGCGGGAAUUUCCGUGGGUCAUACAAUGGCCAGUAUCCCUCAAGGGGCCAUUACAGCCAGGGACCACAUUCUUCCGGUCAUGCCACUCCCAGCUCAUCUUUUCAUGGCACACCCCCGGCCCAGUCACCCUAUAGCGGCGGGCGGGGCAACUGGGGCGGACAGCAGCAGUAUUCACCGCAGAGUUCAUAUCCACCUCAGUAUCAGUCGAAUGGCUAUGCACCCACGGCACCCGCGGCACAUUUUCAAAGCGGCCAGGCCAACUCACCUCCCGUGGGGACCCCCACCGGACCAAGCCACCAGUUUUCUCAGAAUUCGUACCGCGGAGGGUAUAGAGGCUCAUCCAGCGGGGGUUAUCGUGGAAACAGCGCCGGCCCUGGUGCUGGCCGAGGCGCCAAUCGUGGAGGUUUCAAGAGCGGACACUGGGGUUCCAGUGGCAGUGGUUCUAGAGCUGCUUCAAGCCAGCCUGAAGAUCCGGGCUCAGGACGUGCCACGCCGCAAGCGGGCUCAAGCGUAGGUGAUCAGGGCUCGGCCCAUGGAGAGGCGGGGACGCACGAGAGCGAAAAUCCCUUCCGGCCGCCGAAGGAGUUCCAAGUCGAGGACACGGCCAUGGAAGAGGCCCCUGAGGCAGACCCAAUGCCAGCUCCGGAAAGUCGUCCGCCUCCGACAGGUCCUGCUUCAGAGAAGAAGAUCAGUUUUGCACUUAAAUCGACAUCAAAAGCACCCGUCACAGCCCCGAAGUUCGAAAUAUCCUCGAAGUUUAGCGCGCCUACGAAGAAGGAACCACCACCACCAAAGGAGUCCAAUCGUCACGACCCCCGAGAUCGAGACAGUCGCGACUUGCGAGACACACGGGACAGUCGGGACAGCCGUGACCAUCGAGACCAUCGUGAAAGCCGAGACACGAAGGCCAAUCGAGACAGUCGAGACAAUCGAGACAAUCGAGAAAGUCGAGACAAUCGAGACAAUCGAGACAGUCGAGAAAGUCGAGAAAGUCGAGACAGUCGAGACCACCGAGAACACCCUCCAAACAGGCACGUGGCAGACGGUCGAGAUCUACCAAGAAAUGUGCCAACAGAGCCUCGGGCAGUCAAAGAGCAACAGAGGCGCCAGGAGCAGCAGAAGCCCCGAGAACCCCGAGAACCCCGCGAACCCCGAGAACCUCGAGAACCUCGAGUUCGCAUGGUGAAGAAGAAGAUGAGGCGCUUGAAGGAGAAGCCCACGCUCCCGGACCACCUGGCCACUUCCGAUUCUGUGUAUUUCCGCAAGCCUGGCAAUGAGUCCGUGAUCGGUGCCGGCACGUACGGGAAGGUGUUCAAGGCCCUUCACGUCUACACCAAAAAGCUGGUUGCUCUGAAGAGGAUCCGUAUGGAAGGCGAGAGAGACGGCUUCCCAGUGACAGCUGUCCGGGAGAUCAAGCUUCUGCAAUCCCUCAAGCAUAUCAACAUUGUUGCGUUGCUAGAGGUCAUGGUUGAGAAAAACGAGUGUUAUAUGGUGUUCGAGUACUUGUCGCACGACCUGACGGGUAUACUCAAUCAUCCUACCUUCAAGCUCGAAGCAGCACACAGGAAACAUCUAUCGAAGCAAAUGUUCGAGGGCCUCGAUUACUUGCAUCAGCGCGGCGUCCUGCAUCGAGACAUCAAGGCUGCCAACAUCCUAGUUAGCAGUGAUGGCAUUCUCAAGCUAGCUGACUUCGGGCUGGCGCGCUUUUAUGCUAAGCGGCAUCAACUCGACUACACGAACCGGGUCAUCACCAUAUGGUAUCGGUCCCCAGAGCUGCUACUCGGUGAGACCCAGUACAGCCCUGCUGUGGACAUCUGGAGCGCAGCAUGUGUGAUGAUAGAGAUCUUCACGAGGCGUGCCGUCUUCCCCGGUGACGGUGGCGAGAUCAGCCAGCUGGACAAGAUCUACUCUGUUCUCGGCACGCCGCACAAGUCGGACUGGCCAGGCCUGUUGGAUAUGCCUUGGUUCGAGCUCUUGAGGCCAGGGGUGAGGAAGCCAAACGUGUUCGCAGAGCUGUACGAGGACAAGCUGCCCCCCGCCGCGUUCAAACUCCUCAGCGAGAUGCUGCGAUAUGACCCGCUCAAAAGACCGACGGCCGCCCAGGUGUUGGAGCAUCCUUACUUCACCACCGAGUCACCGGCUCCGCGGCAGGCAGUAGAGCUCCAACACGUAGACGGCGACUGGCACGAGUUCGAGAGCAAGGCGCUGCGGCGCGAAAACGAGCGCAAGGACCGAGAGGCUCGCAAAGCCGCCGAGAAGGGGUCCGGCUCCGCUGGCAAGGACGGGAAGGAUUCUCGGAAACGCCCACCAGAGGCAAAUGAUGCAACCCGCGAAUCUAAGCGCCAGCACGUUGAGAAGUCGGCCGCGGCAGCCCCAGAGGCCAGCGAGGUGGAUGAUGCGUCAAAGAAGGCCUAGGUUUCCUGACAGUCGGUGAUGAUUUUGCAAGGGCGGCGGCGAGGGUGGGAGCCCCUGGAUGCGUCUCAUGGAGAGAUGAGUGUAGAGACGAUGUCCCUUCGACUUUCUUGGGCCACAAUGAGUCUUUGAAUUCAAGCUUCCUUUGGUCGCUGAAGAACCAACGGCUUGCUCGUGGAGAGUGAUAUCAACACCCGGGGUGACUCGCAAGGUAUUCAAAUAGCAUACAUGGCAAGGAGCAUGGUGCUGCUUUGUGUGCAAUACAUAGCGCGGCGCUGUAUAGCAGUAUAUGCCAAUACCCCCCUUUAGCACUGUUCUCGGGUCCCUGUUGUGAACCCUGGCUGUGUGCUAUGUGAGCGUCUUGACCUACCCCCCUUCCCCUCGGUCGAAUUCGUCGUGUUGGCCGGCUGGUUUCCAAAUGCUAAUGAUGGAUGGACUGACUCUGGUCACACGGUCGAAUCGUGUCGCAGAGUCAACCCACUCCCUGCUAGAAAGAUAAUGAUGACGGACGUCGGGACCGACCUCUGAUGAGAACACACCCAAUGCCAUUGUGUCGAGAGGCCAGAGAGAAGAUGCGAGAAUUUGGGGCCACCAUUAUCCAUUGGCGUUCUCCAGCGUGUCGAAAGCGGUUUAAUUAUUAAGGGAGUUAGUUCUCUAGAAGGGUAAAACCACAGUUAGUUGCCCGGUGCCUCUAUUCCAGAACCAGGCCCGGUAGGCUAGGUAGGUAACCAGCCUCCCCGAAUCCUGCUUCCCUCUCAUAUCGUAUCCCCCAACAUGACGUCCUCGCCUCGGCAGUCCGAUGUCUCCCUCCUAAGUAGUAGGCAGGUCUCCCUCCUGGCCAGCCAGACAGCCAGCCAGCCAGCCUAUGGCAAC